GCGGUGGUAGUGACGACUAACACAAAAUGUUCAACACACACCCCUAAGGCCGGCGUGUGACGAGCACUAACUGUGGAUUUUAGCUACUUACACAUCGCUAAUACAUUUUGGUCUUUUCCGCGUCAACCGUUUCUAAUUUCAAAUUAUCAAACGGUCAGCAACUCGACGAAUGGUACUUUAAAAAAAUAUUAAGUGGCUGUCUUCUCAAUUCUAGCAUUAUUCACAGUGAUUAAAUGAUGUGCAUUUAUUUAUGGUGUACAUUGUUAUCAAUAAUCGUAUGGUCUUCUUCUGCUGUUGAGCAAAAUGAGUUGUAUGAUGAAAUUCAAACAAAAGAAUUAGAUUGUAACAGAAAACUAUAUUCUUUUCGAGUAUCCAAUACAGAUAUAAAUGGUAGGACAUGUUCCGACGAAAUUGAAGUUAUGUCAUGUUGGGGACGAUGCGAUUCAAAUGAGGUAUCUGAUUGGCGAUUUCCUUAUAAACGUUCACACCAUCCAGUUUGCAUACACGGUGGCCGUAAAUUAACUAAAUAUAUCUUAAAAAACUGUGAACUGGGUGUUGAACCAGGAACAGAGGUGUACGUUUUUCAGCAAGCGACGUCAUGCAAAUGUCACGCAUGCAAGUCUUCAGAAGCAUCUUGUGAAGGAUACAGAUACAGAGAUUUUCAAUUUAUACCGUCCAACGAGAUCUAAUUAAAAGAGAAAUUCCUGGUUACAAACCAUUAUUAUUUUAUUAUAACUUUUAUAUAAUUUAUUUAAAAGAAAAAUUCCAUAAAAUCAUUGUAUUCUAUGUAAUAAUAGUUAUAAUAAUGUUAAUGUUUUGAGUUGAUAAUUACUAAUCUAAUAUACAAAUAAAAUGAAAAUUUAAAA